GAUUACGCGGUUACUUACAUUGUGUCUUGCGUCGUUUUUGGUACAGAAAAAUUUUGUGUGUGGAAUUAAUUGUUUAAAUUGUGAAAAUAAUUGAUAAUAAGUUGCAGAAAAUAUGUGCACACUUGCUCCCAAGAAGGACGGAAGUCCCAAUAUAGAAUUCUUCAAUUCAGCUGAAUCUUUACAGGGAUUUGAGACAAUACGACAGUGGCUGCAGAAAAAUAGUAAAAAGUAUUUGGCCAGCAGCAAUGAACCCAUUACCAAAGAAUCUUUGGCCCAGUUGCUCAUACAAUUUCUGCAAUAUUUGGAAGCAAGAUUGGGCAAGAAUUCGCAAGAACAGCCAACAACGCGCAUACCGAUGCGCUGUUUUCUGGAUUUUAAACCUGGCGGUGGCCUGUGUGUUAUAUUUUCCAUCAUGUUUCGUUUUCGUGCUGAGCAAAGAGGCAAAAAACUAGAUUUCUCUGUUGGAAAAAAUCCCAAUAGAAAAGAUCCAAAUGUACAAUUGCUUAUCGAUAUUGAACAAGCCUUGAUUGAGGCCGAUCUCUAUCGCAUUCCCUAUAUUUACAUACGUCCCGAGGUAGACAAACAAUUGGCUACACGUUUAAGGGAAAUCUUGGCAAUACGUCGUGUGGAAAUCGUGUCAGACGAGGAUGAUGCAACUCAUAUUAUUUAUCCCGAAGUGGAUCCGCAUCCAGACGAAUAUGCCCGUCCGGUGUUUAGGCGAGGCAAUCAUGUUAUGAUGCAUUGGUAUUACUUUCCAGAGUCAUAUGAUACAUGGACGGUGAACACUUUGGAAUUGCCCGAUAAUCUUUUUGAGAAUCCCGAAUCACCGGUGGAACGUUGGCGAGUUUCGGCUACAUGGAUUAUUGAUUUGGAACAAUACAACGAAUGGAUGGCCGAGGAGGAUUACGAAGUGGAUGAAAUGGGCAAGAAGAAAACACAUAAACUGCGUUUGUCCAUAGAUGAUAUCAUGUCUGGCGGAGUGGAUGAAAAGAAAAAGGUAGCUGGCAGUGCUACACCAGCAGCUGCCAAGCAAAAGCGAAGACGUUCACCAUCACCCAGCUCAUCGAAGUCGGGUAAACGUAAGCGUUCACCGGCAGUUUUGCAUAAAAAAUCUCGCAACGAUGAGGAGGACGAGGAUUUGACGCGUGAUAUGGAAGAUCCACCGGCGGAGACAAAUCUCCAGGAGGUUAUAAAGAGCAAUACUUUGCAGUCGACGGCCAGUCCAGCACCAGGCAGUAAAUCACGGGCUGACAACGAUAUGGUUCCCAUUAAAGGUGGCACCCUAACCGAUUUGGAUGAUGAAAUGACUGGUGGCAGCGGCACGCACGCCUUAUCUGCUUGUGACGGAGAAAACUCUCAAACUGGCAAGACAAGUGAUAAUAGUAAUACCCAAGAAUUCUCUUCUUCUGCCAAAGAAGAUAUGGAAGACAACGUCACCGAACAAACUCAUCACAUUAUUGUACCCUCGUAUUCGGCUUGGUUCGAUUAUAAUUCCAUUCAUGUCAUCGAGAAACGCGCAAUGCCAGAAUUCUUUAAUUCCAAGAACAAAUCCAAAACACCAGAAAUUUACAUGGCCUAUAGAAAUUUCAUGAUUGAUACCUAUCGCUUGAACCCAACUGAAUACCUAACAAGCACUGCUUGUCGCCGUAAUUUGGCCGGUGAUGUUUGUGCCAUUAUGAGGGUGCACGCCUUUCUGGAACAAUGGGGUUUGAUAAAUUAUCAAAUCGAUGCCGAGUUACGUCCCACUCCAAUGGGACCACCGCCCACAUCUCAUUUCCAUAUACUGUCGGAUACACCUUCAGGAAUACAAUCUUUAAAUCCACAAAAAACACCUCAACCAUCUGCUGCUAAGACACUUUUGGAUUUGGACAAGAAGCCAACAGGCGGUGCCGCAGCUGCCACCGCCGCCGCCUCUGGGGCAAACAAAGAUAUUAAAGAAGAUUCACUAGAUAAGGCACCCACAGUGGGUAUUAAAAUUGAACCAACUGAAAAUGGAGCAGCGAUUCCACCCUCAACCGGUCAGUUUGGUUUGAAAUUGGAUCAGUAUGCCAAAAAACCAGCCGCCAUGAGAAACCGUACUGCCGCCAGUAUGUCAAGAGAAUGGACUGAUCAAGAGACCUUGCUCUUACUUGAGGGUUUGGAGUUGUACAAAGAUGACUGGAACAAAGUGUGUGAACAUGUUGGUACUCGCACUCAGGAUGAGUGUAUUUUGCAUUUCUUACGUUUGCCAAUUGAGGAUCCCUAUCUAGAGGAUGAUGGUGGAUUUUUGGGUCCUUUGGGAUGUCAGCCCAUACCAUUUAGUAAAUCGGGCAAUCCCAUCAUGUCAACCGUGGCAUUUUUGGCUUCGGUGGUAGAUCCACGUGUGGCAGCCGCUGCAGCUAAAGCGGCCAUGGAAGAAUUUGCCGCCAUCAAAGAUGAAGUGCCAGCUUCAAUUAUGGAUAACCAUAUGAAGAAUGUUGAAAAGGCAUCGGCUGGGGGUAAAUUUAAUCCUAGUUAUGGUUUGGCUAGCAGUGGUAUAGCCGGUACUGGUACCGAUAAAGACGAUGAAGAUCCAAAUAACCCCACACUGCAACAACAGUCCACACCGGGAACGGCUGAUGAGGAAAUGAAAGACCUCUCCAAGAAAGACGAAAAAGAUCCCACCAAAAACAAUGCCACCUCUACCGCUACUACUGAGGAUAGUACUAAAGACAAAGAUAGAAAAGAUGAAAAUGAAAAAGACAAAGACAAAACAGAGAAUGAUAGCGAUAAAAAAGAUGAUAAAACGGCCAGCUUGGAACCCAAGGAUAUUAAGACAGAAACCGAAAACAGUGGAGAUGGUACCACGUCUAUUGAUAAUUCCACAAACAAAGAUGCAAACGAUCCCACAAAACAAGUUUUCAAUGAAGUCAAUGUUCAGACAGCGGCCGCUGCAGCUCUGGCGUCGGCAGCUGUGAAAGCCAAACAUUUGGCCGCCCUGGAAGAACGUAAAAUAAAGUCUUUAGUCGCACUUUUGGUAGAGACUCAAAUGAAAAAAUUGGAAAUAAAAUUGCGACACUUUGAAGAGCUGGAGACGACAAUGGAACGAGAACGUGAAGGUUUGGAGUAUCAAAGGCAACAGUUAAUUGCUGAGCGUCAACAAUUCCAUUUGGAACAAUUGAAAGCUGCCGAAUUUAGGGCACGUCAGCAAGCACACCAUCGUUUGCAGCAGGAACAGCAAUGGCAAGGAUCAGGAGCGCCAGGAUCGGCACCAGCACCCGCAAAUGCGGCCACUGGUGGGGCUAGUGGACCUUCAACCGCUCCACAUGCACCUGGUGCAACAACGGGAACAGCGGCAGGAGGACCUUUAGCUCCUAAUGCCGCGGGUGCCACACCCGGAGCAGCACCUGCCGCAAAUGUAGGUCCAGCCACUAAUACAAGUGCUCCCAUCGCAGGUGCUCCCCCAACCGCUCCAGCUGCAACUCCAAUGGAUACAACUCCAGCUGCCACAGUAACGCCAACCACAAUUCCACCCACAACUGGAGUUACCGAGGCCACAGCUGUUAGUGUCCCCCCUACGGCACAGCCACCUUUAGCAGCCGCCACAAAUCCAGCAGGUUCAGUUGCCCCGACAAAUGUUGCCGGCCCCUCACUAACAACACCAACUGCUGCGCCUCCAGCCCCAGUGGCGCCCGGUAGUGCCACAGGAAUUCCACCUGCCUAAAUCUCUACACGUUGAUAACACUACCACACACUUUUCUCACAUGUCUCUUAAUUAAUAUUAGAUAUUUAGUAUUUAAAUCUAGAUUUACUGCUCUUCACUAGAUAUGUAUAGUUUCUAUUUUUUUGUAAACUGGGUUUCAUUUUUUUUAAUUUCUUGAUUAACUUUGAUUUAUUUUCUCCUUCCAACGAUGGUAUUACGAUGAUGAUUAAUAUGCUGCGUGCUCAGUUAAAAGUUGAUGCGAUUUACCAUAAAAAAAAAUAAGAUAAGCGCAAAUCAUCAAUGGGAUGAUGAUCAUAUGUACGAAAGCAAAAAAUACCCAUUGAACAUUAUUUUGAAAAAAAAAAAUGAAAUAUACUUUUUAAAUAAACGUAUUUGUCUAAUUGUACGUAAGUAUAA